AUGUCUUUUAUAACGUCGUCUUCCUCAGUCACCCUUCCAGUCGGCGACGACGUCCAGCAGGACGGGACGUGUACGCCAGAACCCCAGAAUGGCUCCUCCGAACUCAGCUUGACAGCCCCCACGAGAGCCUAUCUCUCGAGCCGCAACUCGUCCUCCAACACUCUCGUGGUAACAGAGACCACCUACACGAGGCACCGGGCCUCCCCGUCCUCGUCUAGCUCAACCGACGUUGACCUUGAUGACGACGAAGACGAAGACAACGAGCUCGCCGUCCCGUCAAAAAGGGGCACGCGCGCCUACCGCUAUCUCCGCUGGAACUUCGGCUCCGUCUACAGACGCGUCUUCACCCUCGCCUUCCUUGGCAACGUUGCGGCCCUCGCCCUGGUCGUCGUCCGGUCCCUCAUCGGCGGCGGCGGCGGCGGCGGCGAGCCGUCAUCGUCCCGCCUGACGCCCGGGACCUGCGCGACGGCCGUCUCGUCCAACAUCCUCGCCGCGCUCUUCAUCCGCAACGAGCACACCGUCAACGCCCUGUUCCGCGCCCUCGCCCUCCUCCCGGCCUCCCGGACGCCGCUCGCCGUCCGCCGCGCCUUCGCCAAGAUCUACUCGUACGGCGGCAUCCACAGCGGCUGCGGCGUGGCCUCGCUCUUCUGGUUCGUGACCUUCCUCGUCGUGCUCACGCGCGACACGGCGGCGAACCCGGGCGCGAUCCGCGCCUACAUCCUGCUCGACAGCUACCUCAUCUGCGCGCUCCUCGCCGCCAUCAUCGGCUUCGCGCACCCGAGGGCGCGCGUGCUGCUGCACAACUGGUUCGAGGGCACCCACCGCUUCCUCGGGUGGUCCGUCAUCCUCCUCUUCUGGGCGCUCGUCAUGAUGCUCGCCGAGGACGGGAGGAGGAGUAGCAGCAGCAGCAGCAGCAGCAGCAGCAGCAGCAGCAGCAGCAACGGCGGCGCACCCGAGGUCUCGUACGCCGCGCAGCUCGUGGCGACGCCGUCGUUCUGGAUGCUCAUCGCCACCACGCUCCUCGUCGCCUACCCCUGGACGCGUCUGCGCCUGCGCGACGUCGAGGCCGAGGCCAUGUCGGACCACGUGGUCAAGCUCAACUUUAACUACGCCGACGUGCACUACGGCCAGGCCGUCCGGCUCACGGACGCGCCGCUGCGCGAGACGCACGCUUUUGCCGUGAUCCCCAACCCGGCGGCACCGUCUUCUUCGACAGCCGCCAACGACGACGACGACGUCGAGAAGGCGUUGAGCAGGGGAGGAGGAGGAGGAGGAGGAGGGCUCUCGAACGCCGGCAAAAAGGGCUUCUCGGUGCUCGUGUCCAACGCGGGCGACUGGACGGCCAAGAUCAUCAAGAACCCGCCCAAGAAGAUCUGGACGCGCGGGGUGCCGCAGUACGGGGUGCUCCGGCCUCUUCGUGCAGCGGCCGGAGCACCCGGUGCGGAUCGUGUGGUCGGCGCAGCGGCCGGCGGAGACGUACGGGCAGGCGGUCAUCGACGCGCUGUACCGGGCGGACCCGGGGGCCGUCAUCAUCGACACGCAGAAGACGGGGCGGCCGGACCUCGUGGCGGUGGCGUACCGCAUCUGGGAGGGCAGCCGGCGGCGGGCGCUGGGGCUCGCGCAAGACGACGAGACGAAGAAGACGACGACGACAACAACGACGACGACGAUGAUGACAAAAACCAUGCAGACGACGACGACGACGACGACCGGGAGCGGGAGAAGAACGGGGCCUUGCGAGGCGGUCGUCAUCAUCUCCAACCAAAAAGUGACGAGGAAGGUCGUCUACGGGCUGGAGAGCCGAGGCAUCCCGGCUUACGGGGCCAUCUUCGACUCGUGAGUGUGAAUGAGGUUUGA